AAAAGAAAAUUAUAAGACCCAUUUUGCAUCUAAUCGCCUUAAAAGACAAAAAUCGUAGAAGAAUUGAACCAUCAAUAAAACAAUUUACUAUUUCAAAUUUAAAAUGUCGUCGACACCAGAUCCUGAAACACCAACUCCGUCAGGAACACCAACUGAGACACCUAUGCCGUCACCAGGGCCUGAUGCAGUCAAUAAAUUCAACUUCCUAAAGAAAGUCAAAGCAGCCAGAAACAAUCCUUUUGUUAAACUGAGACCAUCUUUGACUAGAGAGAGUUCGACUGCGGAAUUAUUUUCUAGAGAAAAUUCUAGUGCUAAUUUCUUUGAAAAUUCAAGAAUAAAUCUUUUCGAAACUGCGCCAAAACCGGAGGUUUCCUGUUCGAAUGGAAAGGGUAUAUCGUUCCUAGGAUGGCACCAACGUACGAAGCUCGAGCGUGUUCUUCUAAUACUAUGCGGGGUUCUCCUCUUCGCUGUUCUGCUGACGGUCUGCUUGCUACUAACAAUGAGGGGUCCGUCAUCCUAUCUACCUGUGCCUCCCUGCUACCAGCCCGAGCCUAAAGGCGAAAGCAGCGUCUGCCUAUCAAGUUCCUGCAUCUACACCGCCAGCGAAGUGAUCAGAGCUCUGGACGAGACCCAAGAUCCAUGCAAUGACUUCUACGAAUUUGCGUGCGGGGGUUGGAUUAAGAAUAACCCGAUACCAGAGGGGAAAUCCAGUUGGGGCAUCUUUAGCAAGAUCGAGCUGCAAAACCAGUUAAUCAUCAGAUAUGCUUUAGAAAAAGUGAAUGUCAGCGAUACCCAAGGAGCGGAGUCAAAAGCACGUACUUACUACGAUGCCUGCAUAGACACGAAUGAGACCAUAGAGAAACUAGCAGAGAAACCAUUAGUUAAGGUUAUUAAGGAACUAGGAGGCUGGCACCUGUUGAAUACAACUAUGACUAACUCCUUAAGGCCUCAGAAGUGGAGUUUGCAGCGAUUGCUGCAGGACGUGCAAAACAAAUACAACCUAGGCGGCCUUUUUAACUGGGCAGUUACAGAAGAUGAUCGGAAUUCUUCUAUGCACGUUAUAGUGCUGGAUCAAGGCGGACUAAACCUCCCCACCCGAGAUAACUAUCUCAAUAAAACAGCUCAUAAGAAAGUGCUAGAUGCCUAUCUAGACUAUAUGACUCAAAUAUGCGUUCUACUCGGUUCUAAUAAAGCUGAAGCUCGCGAACAAAUGGCCAAAGUAAUACAAUUCGAGACGGAACUAGCUAAUAUAACUACACCAUCAGAAGAUAGAAGAGAUGAAGAAGGAUUAUAUAAUCCGUUUACGAUUAAAGAGUGGCAGAAAGUGGCACCAUUUUUGAACUGGACUGUGUUCUUUAAUGAUGCGUUUAAAGUUGUUAAUAGAACGAUAACAGAGAAUGAGCGAAUAGUCGUUUACGCUCCUGACUAUUUUAGGAAUCUCACAAAGGUCAUAAAGAAGUACAGUCGGACUGACGAGGAUCAGAAGACCCUAACGAGCUAUAUGAUGUGGCAAGUGUCACGUUCGCUCUCCACUUAUCUGUCCAAAUCGUUCCGUGAUGCUACCAAGAUAUUGCGCAAGGCGUUGUUUGGCUCCGAGGGUACUGAGGAAUCCUGGCGUUAUUGUGUAACUGAUACUAACAACGCUAUUGGUUUCGCAGUUGGAGCCAUGUUUGUACGCGAAGUUUUUCACGGUGAAGCGAAAACCCAAGGCGAGAUAAUGAUCGACAACAUUCGGAACGCGUUUAAGAACAACCUCAAGAACCUCGAUUGGAUGGACGAGGAGACCCGGGAAGCGGCUGAAAUUAAAGCUGACGCUAUAACUGAUAUGAUUGGUUUUCCUGACUAUAUCCUGGACAAAAACGAACUGGAUAACCAAUACGAGGAGCUAGAAGUACAUCCUAAUAGGUACUUCGAGAACAACAUCAACUUCAACAAGUACAGUCUUAAGAAAGACUUGAGGAAACUCGAUCAGCCUGUGAAUAAAACUAAAUGGGGAAUGACACCAUCAACUGUAAACGCUUACUACACCCCGACAAAGAACCAAAUAGUCUUCCCGGCUGGUAUACUGCAAUUGCCAUUUUACGAUGGGGAUAACCCCAAGAGCGUUAACUACGGCGCCAUGGGGGUCGUCAUGGGACACGAGCUGACGCAUGCUUUUGAUGACCAAGGUCGGGAGUACGACAGAUAUGGCAACCUAAACCAAUGGUGGAACAACGAGACGGUCAGUCGUUUCAAGAAGCGAGCGGAGUGUAUCCAGAAGCAAUACACUGCGUACAACGAGGAAGGGCAGCAUUUAAACGGGAAACAGACUUUAGGUGAAAAUAUAGCCGACAACGGUGGCUUAAAAGCCUCCUUCCAUGCAUAUUUGGAUUACAGCAGGCAAGCAGAAGUGAAUCACACUUUGCCCGGUCUCAAGUACAACCAUCGGCAGCUAUUUUUCAUAUCUUUUGCUCAGGUGUGGUGUUCUGCAAUGACGAAGGAAUCCACGAAAAUGCAAAUAGAAAAAGACGACCAUACGAUCGCUAAAUAUAGAGUAAUCGGUCCCAUAUCAAACCUAAAAGAAUUUUCUAAAGAAUUCAAAUGUCCCCUAGGGUCAAAAAUGAAUCCUGAUCGUAAAUGCGAAGUUUGGUAAAAAAGAUAAGCUUUUAUCGGCACGGAGCUUUCGAACAUAUGCUGCUUUUCAAUUAGCAGCUUAAAUGUUGCUUUAUUUGAGGAUUAUUAUUGUCAUAGAUUAUUUAACAAAUUGUACUAAUUGUUCUCAUGUCGCAUGCAAGUAAAUUGCUUAUGAGAUUUUUACCACGUUUAUUACAUAAUCUAUGAUGAUGAAUUUAUAAGAAUUUUGAAGGAUGAAGAGCUUAGUGAUGACAAAAACGGGUAUUACAAAUUGAAAUGAUGAACUCUGCACGCUUUAAUGUGUGCAAUUUCAAUUUAGUUAUUCUGGAAUUGAAGUCACAAAAUGUAUUUUUGCUUUUACGUUAGUUGUAACAUGUCAUUAUUAUAAAUACCCUCUGAAAUAUAAAAAAAUUGGUGCAGUCGAUAUCCUAUAAUACAUGGCCCUCUAACCGACGACCUUUUCGUUCUGAGAGCCUUCUUACGCAAUUAAUAAUAAAGUGUAAAGGCGUUCCAGCUCUUUGGUUAAAAUUUGUGUUUAUAUAAAUGUAAUUGUCGUGUCCAGCCUCCGUGUAUGAUGACCAGCGGAUUGACUGGCCAUGAGGCAGACUCACCACACUGACAGAAUUCAAAUUUAGACCGACUUUCUCUUGGACAAAUGACGAAGACCGACUUUCCUUUGAAUAAAACACGACGAGAGUAUUCCUUAAUAGAGAUGCGCUUUGUUAAAUCGUAUUAAAACCCAUUAAUGUCCAAAAUCGAGGGCAAAAACUAUUUACAACUAAAAUACUUGUUACAAAUCGAGUAUAAAUCAUAUAUUUGAAUAAAAGUCGAUUCUAUCUAAUCCAGACGAUUCGAUUUGAUAUAAAUCGAAUUUUUCAUCUAAAAAAGAUUUUGUACAUCGAAAUUUGUAAUAAGUAUGGAAUUAUACCAAAUCCGUAUUCGCCGUUUCAGCCCACGAUUUUGAGCAGAAAUGGCUUAAAACGCGGCUUUUUGGCUAAGAAUCCGGUUAAAAUCCGGGCGGGUUGAUUAGGUUUUAACCCACUAUCCAUCUCCGGCCCUGACUAAACCUCUAACGACAAACCGUACAGGAAUUAAAGAUCAAAAUCGCUUAAAAAGUUUUUUAAAACGUCAUUCCGUUAUUAUACAAUAAGUGAAUCAAAAUGAAUUUUACGGCUCACACAAUAAAGGUUUCUUUAAUACCUUUCUUCACAUUGAUCUAAUCAGAACCAAAUAAGUCGGUUAGGGGAUCAGGUAUCUUAGGAAAUCGACUGUACUCAGUCUGGAGGCGACAUAAAUUUGUUGUCCUAUAAUGAAAAUACCUAGUAUUAAUGUUAGUUUAAGUGACUGUGCAAUGUUUAGUCGUACUUAAAAAGGAAUAUUCGUAAUUUCAAAUACACAGUGCCAUUAGAAUGGAGCGAUUUGACUAUGAACAAAAAAAGCGUGUAGAUAAUCUAUUAUUUUUUACGUAUCACCGUAUCACCCUGUAUCAGAUUAAUAUUAAUUUAAUUUCACAAAAUGCUGGUCAUUUUAAAUAUAUAAUUUGAUUGAUUUGGGUCCUUUUAAACCAAAAAUAUGGCUUUAUUAAGUGCAUAAUAUAAUAUAGUCAUAUAGGUACAUAGUUUGUGUGAUAUAAAAUGGUCAGAAUAGAGUGUUCCAAAUGAGUACAUAAUACGUCUACAAGGAGUGACAUAGAGUGGUUAAAACCGUCAAAUAUUAUUAAGCACUUUUUUGAAUUCCUGAUUUUCGGAAAUAGUUUUACUGCAUCUUAAGAUAAAAACUAAGUACUGUAAAGGGCCUCUCGCUCCGCUACCUGGCGCCUCCACCACUUGUAAAGGGCGUAGUCGUGAGAUGGCGUAGCGAGAGGCACUUUUUAAUGAGAAACGAGGUGGAUUAUAUUCGUAAAUAAAACUUUACUGCGUGUUUUCAGUUCGAAGCUUUUUCUAGAACAACCAAGAUAUUAUUUUUUUACAAUACUACUUUUUUAUAUACAUAUUAUAAUUCUAAAUACAAACCUACAUUCAAUCAGCCAGCACUAAUACAAACCAUAAUGCCUAAUCUACAGUAUUGACCUAGGAAACUGAAGUUGGAUUUUUAAGGCGAGUCACUGGAGGAGAAGCGGUAAAUACUGUUUGUUAGAUCAAAUGAUUUAGGUAUUUACUGUUAAAUAACGGUCUCACAAAAAAUAUAAGAUACAACCUAAGCAUAUUAAUUAAAGAAUGUACUAAUGUAUAACACGAUAGGAUGUAUUACCUGAUCAUAUAACAUCCUGAAAACAGGCGAAAAUAAAAGUCUAAAACGAAUUAUUUCAGAAUAAAAUAUCUAACUUUGCACAUAAUUUUUAUAUGGAGAUAUUUCUAUUAGGCACUACAGAGAACCUGCUAAAUUUUUGUUUUUAACUGAAGUCCUAUUACUAGAUUAAUAAAAUUCACAUUUAUCCCAAAAUUUGCAAAUUGCCCAGUAGUUUAACGACAUGACACUCCUGUUCACUCUACGCCUGUUCUUAUUUUAUUCAUAUUACUUUACAGCGCGCGGAUUGCGGGACGUGAGAGGUGACCCCCCUGCGUUAAAAUAGCUCUACUAAUUCUAGUGGCGCCGUGUUUUUACACGGCGCCACAAGAAUUGUUCUUAUGUAUAAUUAUUAUUAAAUGCAAUAGAAAAUGAAUUAUCUAUUACAUUUUUUUAAAUGCAAUAGAUAAUUAACCAAAGUAAAUAUAUUUUUAAUAGCCUACAAGCAGUAGCUUGUUAUAACAAAUGCGGAUAUUGUACAUACUUUUAUUAACCUACGAUCAUUUCCGGAAAUCUGGAAUUGGAAAAUUUUUAUUAAUUCAUAUGUGGUGGAUUUAACCACUCCAUUACUCCACUUAUUGUACCUAUUGAAGACAUUUAUCGACUCAUUUGGAACAUCCUAUUUCGGCCAUUAGUGAUAUAUUGUGUAUGGUACAUAUAUUGUGUUAUUCGUGUUGUAGGCAUCGCUAACGUCAGAAUUAUGUAAUUAAAAAAUUAAAUAUGCAUAAUUUUGUAUAGUAUUUUUUUUAAACCUUAUUAUUGUAAUACAUAUUUUUAUAUUGUUUAUAAGUAAUUUUUAAAUAAAUAUCGCGUUGCUUUUGGUGUAUGUUGGCCAGUAAUAUUUAUGGUGUAAGUAGUACAAAUAGAACUAAGAAUUCUGGUACAUUGUUACCUAUAAUUAGGCUGUCACAUAUAUUAUACGUAUAAUACUGUCUGAAAGAUUAUGUUACCAAGCGAAAAAUCCACAAAAGAUGACAAUAAUUUUUGUCUCUCAAUGUCACCCCCAAACUCCUAAAAUGUAAAUGUGUCGUCGUCGUAUCUUAUGUGUUAUUCACAUUUCUUAUAAGGAUAUCUCAUUUUUGUACAAUGUGAAAUAAGCUGAUAGUGCUAAUACUAUAAGAACUUUAAAUAGCUAAAAAAUGCCGUAGGAUUAUACAAGGUUAUUAAUGUGAAAUACUAACAACCACGCAUGACUAUACUAUUAUAGUUGGCGAAAUAUUAUUUGCACCGAUUCGUAUUUUCGCUUCAUCUUUGGAAUACAAUACGACAAAAGAGUGAGCCGUCUCGGUAACGCACGUGCUAUCUGUAUAGUGCAAACAGUUCAUUUUAACACUUUUUCGCAUUGGCACUUAAUUCUAAACUUGACAAUCUUUAUGCGGAACCAACUUUGUUGAAUUAGUAAGCAAAGAUUCUGCAGUCGGUAUUUUACGAAGUAUCUGCUGUUAAAAAAUUUACGUAGUAUUGAAGUAGAAUUCAGAAAAAGCAUUGUAACGCACCGAAGACUCGUACGAUGGAUCAAGCGCGUUAAAUCCAUGUAUGCUUUGAGUAAAAGAAGUGUUAAUGGUAUUAUUACUGUAUUGUAAUAGAAAGGAUAAGCCGUUCCAAGAGAUAACAUUCAUCGGUGCAAAUAAUAUUUCUUCAACCAUAAAUAACAUCAUAAACAACAACGUUGUUUCAAAACUUUUCACAAAACAUAAUAAAUUUUCCAAAAAUAAACUUUUAAAUUUAUCUCGUAUUGUCUGUCUGGUAAUAAGCUAUAACUACCAUAUUCAAACGUGCAAGCGUACUGCCCGACGAUCUCCACCCCCACUCUUGCGUUUUCCAUCGGACUGGCAUUCAGUUCUUUCUUUCGUUACCACACAGGGUUAUCACCGUUUAGAGCGAUCUAUUUCAAUAUUUUUAUUUUUGUACGAAAGUAAAAUCGAUGAAUUGAAUAAAAAUUGUUG